AAGGCAGUCUGGCAGAGGCUAGGUUGUAUCUUCCAACUUUGGGGUUUGGCCCUGAUAGGGAACCAUUGAGUGAAAAAUGAAUGAAGGGCUGCCCCCACUAAUAGGGGCUCCCCAGAGAAUAGCCCCGUACUCUUCCUGUUUCCUCCUUUUAUUCUUUCUCUGGACAUUACGUUGAGUAGUGUGUUUUGUUAUAGUUCUCAGUACAUACCUGAUAUAAAGUGACGAAGCUGUGAAUCAUGUACAUUUGGUAAAGAGGUUGAUUCUUUUUAAACUGACAGCUGUUGCUUUUACGUGUGGUGGACUGAAAAGGAAAGGAUAAAAUGCAAUUUAGAAAUUUAAUGACAGAGCUUGUUUUCAUUGUUAUCAGAAAAUUAUUCUCAAACGAUGGAGUAACCUUUUUGGGGACUGAGAUUUGUCAUUUAAAAGCAAUAAUGGGAUGCAAAUGUUGCUUGCUUAAUGGUUUCUGUGUUUGGGUUUUAAUGUUGACAGGAAAGAUGAGUUGCAGGGUCUUCAAGGCAAACAUGUUUUUAUUCCUAAAAGUUUUUAGCGUCCAUAGCCUAUGAUUCACAUUUGUGUGCUUUUAUUUAAGGAGAGUUUCAUUGACUUAAGUGUGUUUUUCCUAACUGUAAUGCUUAUUCUAUUUUGAGAAUGCCAUUCUAAUUACAAGAGCAUAGGAUAAAAAAGAUGUGAGGUAGUAAUUUAAUUUUAUUAUUUAGUAGCCUUUCUGAUCUAAGCACCUGAAGAGACAGGUAAUCUGAGGGAGUAAACAUACUUCUGUGACUGCUCUUCCUUUAAAGAGAAAUGAUCUUGUAUGGUUUUGGGGGUGUUGCAAUUGUUAAAAUACAAUUGGUACUUAAUCAGUUCUUAGGGAGAUUUUGUUUGUAUGCUUGUUUUCAAAUGCCUGUUGCCUGGAAGUUGUUUCAGUGGCAAAUGUAAACUUUGAUUUUCAUCCGCAAAGCUGAGAAUCACUUAUUUUAUUUACCUGGAGGUAAUAAUAAUCCAUUGACAGGAAGCCAUAGACUGGGAAUAACGUUUUUCCAGUUUUGAUGAUUUGUUAUUAUCUAUCCAAACUAUUUGAACUAUUUUUCUUUUUGUUCAGUAACGUACUUUAUAGAAAUUGUAGGUCAGGGCUCAAGGUAGAAUUUUUCAUGUUCUGUGGAAGUUUCUUCUUUGUCAGUUUUUGGAAAAAAAAAGUGUUAUUUUGGUAUUAACAGUAGUUUAUCAACAUGGCUUUAAAAACUGUUUCUUUUGUGGCAUUUAAAUUGUUUCUGUAUGGUGUUUGUAGAAAAGGCAGUUGUGAAAUGGGAAACACUCUGGACAUGGAGUCAGAGUGCUUGGAGCUAGUCCUGGUACUACCCGGCAACAGUUUUAUAAUCUCAGAAAGUUAUUUUUGUAAAAUAAAAAGAUUAAGGAUUAAAAACACCUGCCUACUUACUAGGAUUAUUGUUGAGGAUCUAUUGAGAUAUUGUCUUUUAAAUAGUAUCUUUAUACCAGAGACUUCUUCCCUGAUCAGAAAAUUAUUUCUUGGGUAAUCUAAAUUUUUCAAAUAUAGGUUUUUAAAAAAAUUUUGAGAAUCGAAUUUAUUGCUGUUGUAACAGUAACAUUUAAAGGUAUAGAUACGCUCUAGGAAGAUAUUAUCAAUACAUAAUCAGAAAACCAAACUUGAAAACAAACAAAUUAGGGAUACUUAUUCCAAGAGCUUUCACUUUAAAAUAACCUACUCCCCUAAUGUGUGACUAUUAUAAACAACAUGCUUUAUUUAGGAACUUAGUUGUUGCAUAGUAGGCGGUGAAUGGUCUUGUGGAAUUUUUUACCCCUUUGAUGAGUCUGGCCAUUUCUAGGAGUUCACUUUACAUGUUUGUCGUAGCAAGACCCAGUAGUACACAUUCUUGAUCUUGUCACUUCACUUAAUCACUUUGGGUCUCAUUUGCUUUGCCAGGAAACAGAUCACUGGUUCUUAACUUCUUUUGGAUCAUGAACUUUUUGAGUACUUGAUAUAAAAAUGUCCAACUCCCUAACCGGAAAAAUGCACAUAUCCACAACUUUUUUGGUUUUGUUUUACAUCAGACUCACAUAGCCCCUGGAAGAGAUGAACUCCCAUUCCCUUCCAUUUCUUACAUUUUAGGAUACUGUGAUUCUAAAGCAUUUUAACUUUUAUUUUUGUCUCCAGUAAUUAUAUAGUAUUGUAUUAUUAUGUAGUCACAAAAUUAGCUUUUUGGACUUAAAAAAUAGCUUAAAAAAUCUUAUUCAGGUAAACAUGAAACAAUUGUUGUGUUAUUUUUAAAGACAACUUUUGGGGUGAAGAAACUAUAAACAAGCACUUUCAGAAAGGUUGAGUAAACAGCUGUGGCAGAAUUACAUAAAUAAACAUUGUAGAAAGUUUCUAGCAUCCUGGAAAUAGAAUGCGGAAAGAGUCUAGCAAUCAGUGUCUCUCAGUGGGAGAACAUUGCCUCUCUGUGGGAAUUUGGAAACAUGUAAGGCCAUGUUUGGUUAUCUCAGAGUGGGGAGGGGGCAUGUACUGGCAUUUAGUGGGCACGAGCCAGGGCUGCUAAAUGUUUUUCAAUGCUUAGGGCAGUUCCAAACAACAAGAAAUUGCCCUGCCCAAAAUGCCAGUGCUCUUUGACAAACACUGGUGUGUGAUGUGAGAUGGGACCUACCACACCAGAAUAGCUUUUUAAAACUGAAGCUGUUUUGUUCUUUUAAAAAUAUUAUUCAACAUAAAAUUCCCUUUUGGAAAAAUUCACAGACAGAAACAAUUUACUAGAUAUACUAGAGCAAUUUGGGUUACUUAAAAUGUGUAUUUACUCUUUGUCCUCUAGUAGCUGUUUUAGUAGCAGAAAGCGGGAGGUAUUGUUGUGUCUGCUGAAGUUUGGGAAAUGAGGAGUCAACUCUUGGUCUAAUACUGUAUAUACAUCAGAAAUACAUCUACAUGUGGAACAACUCCUACAGAACACCUACUGAACGCUGGCAGAAGACCUCAGACUUCCCAAAAGGCAAGAAACUCCCCAUGGACCUGGGUAGGGCAAAAGAAAAAAGAAAAUAUAGAGACAAAAGAAUAGGGACAGGACCUGCACCUCUGGGAGGGAGCUGUGAAGGAGGAAAUGUUUCCACACACUAGGAAGCCCCUUCACUGGCGGAGAUGGGCGGUGGGUGAGGGGGGAGAGCUUUGGAGCCACCGAGGAGAGCGCAGCAACAGGGGUGUGGAGGGCAAAGUGGAGAGAUUCCCGCACAGAGGAUCGGUGCCGACCAGCACUCACCAGCCCGAGAGGCUUGUCUGCUCAACCACCGGGGCGGGCGGGGGCUGGGAGCUGAGGCUCUGGUUUCGGGUUUCGGAGGUCAGAUCCCAGGGAGAGGACUGGGGUUGGCAGCGUGAACACAGUCUGAAGGGGGCUAGUGUGCACAGCUAGCCAGGAGGGAGUCUGGGAAAAGGUCUGGACCUGCCUAAGAGGCAAGAGACCGUUGUUUCAGGGUGCGCGAGGAGAGGGGAUUCAGAGCACUGCCUAAAUGAGCUACAGAGAUGGGCGCGAGCCGUGGCUGUCAGCACGGACUCCAGAGACGGGCAUGAAACGCUAAGGCUGCUGCUGCCGCCACCAAGAAGACUGUGUGCAAGCACAGUUCACUAUCCACACCUCCCCUCCUGGGAGCCUGUGCAGCCUGCCACUGCCAGGGUCCCAUGAUCCAGGGACAGCUUCCCCGGGAGAACACACAGCACAGGUCAGGCUGUUGCAAUGUCAUGCUGGCCUCUGCCGCCGCAGGCUUGGCCCACAUUCCAUAUGCCUCUCUGCCCCACCGGCCUGAGUGAGCCAGAGCCCCCUAAUCAGCUGCUAUUUUAACCCCGUCCUUUCUGAGCAAAGAACAGACGCCCUCAGGAGACCUACAUGCAGAGGAGGGGCCAAAUCCAAAGCUGAACCCCAGGAGCUGUGCGAACAAAGAAGAGAAGGGAAAUUUCUCUGUGCAACCUCAGGAGCAGUGGAUUUAAUCUCCACAAUCAACUUGAUGUACCCUGCAUCUGUGGAGUACCUGAAUAGACAACGAAUCAUCCCAAAAUUGAGGAUUUCUGGUAGGUCCUAUUUUAGGACGAGAUGCAAUAUUGUUGAAACGCCAAUCUGCUUUGGUUCAGGCAGUUGGCUUUUCAGCUGAGAAGCCAUUUCUUCUUCCUCUUUUUAAAAUUUUUUUGCUGACUUACUGAACUUAUGAAACCAUGGCGGAAGGAGAGACACAGUCACCUGGGCCCAAAAAGUGUGGUCCCUAUAUCUCAUCUGUCACUAGCCGAACUGUGAACUUGAUGAUUCGAGGAGUAGUGCUGUUUUUUAUUGGAGUAUUUCUUGCAUUAGUGUUAAAUUUACUUCAGAUUCAGAGAAAUGUGACGCUCUUUCCACCUGAUGUGAUUGCAAGCAUCUUUUCUUCAGCAUGGUGGGUACCGCCAUGCUGUGGCACAGCUUCAGCCGUGAUUGGGUUAUUAUACCCCUGCAUUGACAGGCAUCUAGGAGAACCACAUAAAUUUAAAAGAGAGUGGUCCAGUGUAAUGCGGUGUGUAGCCGUCUUUGUUGGUAUAAAUCAUGCCAGCGCUAAAGUGGAUUUUGAUAACAACAUACAGUUGUCUCUCACACUGGCUGCACUAUCCAUUGGACUGUGGUGGACUUUUGAUAGAUCUAGAAGUGGUUUUGGCCUUGGAAUAGGAAUUGCUUUCUUGGCAACUUUGGUCACUCAACUGCUAGUCUAUAAUGGUGUUUAUCAAUAUACAUCUCCAGAUUUUCUCUAUGUUCGCUCUUGGUUACCAUGUAUAUUUUUUGCUGGAGGCAUAACAAUGGGAAACAUCGGUCGACAGCUGGCAAUGAUUUUGCUGGAGGUGAAAGUGAUCAGCAGGAGAGUUUAUCAGCAUCAAAUUGUUUUGAGUCUAAAUCUGGAAGAAUACAUAUAAUUAAAAGUAAGGACCAUUGAAAAAUUUAACUAGAGUAAAUAUGUUUUACAAAUACAAAAUGACCUUCUGGAGUGCCACAAAGUGUUAAGUGAUAUUAACUGUCAUUUGCAGUACAGUAUUACACUGCUUUUGCGCAUAGAACACAUAAGAAUUCCUGAACAGGUCAAAAUGAAGUUUCUAGUUGUCUUGGGUUCUGUAAUCUGUUGGGUUCUGUAAAGAGAACCAUUUGAGCUGGGCUGCUUCAUAUGAUUGAUUGUCAGUGGAUUGCAUCCAAGGAGUGGAUGGGCACAUAAUUUCUUAUGUAUCCAUGCGCCGCCCAUUAAUGAACAGUUCAAGAAUGUGUUGUUUUAGAAUGUAUUGGGAUGGCAUAUUGUGCAUGGUAAGGAUCCUGGUAACAGUUUUGUGCAUAUUUUUCCAACAACUGGAGCCUUUUGAGUAUGAUUUAAACAUAGUCUUAGUUAACCUUUUCCCCCAGUUUUUAUUUUUGAAAUUGAUGGCAAUCGUCUGAUACACAAGGGUGAAAUCUGCUUACUCUGGAGGGGUGUGUAUGUGUGUGUGUGUAGGACUGAGUGAGGGAGAGAGAGAGAGAGUGUGUGUGUGUGUGUGUGUGUGUGUGUGUGUGCAUGUGCUCAUGCUCUCUUAAUAUGUCAACUAGAUAUUUUUCCAGUUUUGAUUUUAAAACCAUUUCUGUCAGACUGAGAUCUUGUAUGCCAAACUUUAAUCUGCUCUUAUGUUUUAAGGCUGAAAGUGUGAAAAUCCUAAGAGGAUUUCCUAUUGAAUAUAUGUACACAAUCUUAACUAUAGUGGUGGUAAACAUACUACUGUAAUUUAUUAUUCUAUCUUCCAGAUAAUGUUAUUCAUUUAGAACAAAUAAGGUAUAUUUUUAGAAUCAACUUUGUAAGCACUAUAAUUCUUUAAUAAGUUAUAAGGUCUAUGAUGUGUUUACUUUGAAAUUUGCUGUUUAAAGCAAGAUGUAUUAAAUAUAUAAUUAUCA